UGAGCAACCCCGGCACUGAGAGAGGAGUAGCCGGCGAGCGAGUGGUGCAGCAGAAAAAGGGGGGAGUGACGGCAGCAUGCACUUGUAGAAAAAAGCUGCAGAAUUCAAGCGUCUGAAGGACUGAAAACCUUUUCACUUCUUUUCCUCGGAGGUGUUUCAUCCUUUAUUCCAUGAGUGCUGCAAGCGUGCUCACGUCGUUCAGUCCAUCAGCAAUGCCCGGCCCAGUCAUGCCGAUGGAUGUGGCUAUGAGGUUCUACAUUAGCCACUCCCCGCCUCCGCUGCGCAGCUUCCUCAGCUCGUACGAGGAGCUGCAGCGGGCCAAGAACCGGCUGAACCAGGCCGGCGGCCGCAGCCACGGCCCGCAGCGCUACAAGCCGCUGCGACCCUGCCUCAGCCACCAGCAGAAGGCCGUGGAGGACGGCGGCAAGAAGAGGGUGGUGUUCGCCGACACCAAGGGCAUGUCCCUCACCGCCAUCCACGUCUUCUCCAAGUUCGACGACGAGCUGUACCAGAGCAAGCAGAUCGCCGGGCUGGCGGAGGAGCUGCAGUUCGACAUGACCGACUUGGGCACGGCCACCAUGGACCUAAAGAUCAGCUCGGUGUGCAACCUGGCGCUUGACUUUAAACAGCCCUCGGCCGACUACCUGGACUUCCGGAACCGGCUGAUUCAGAACUCCGUCUGCUUGGAGAACUGCUCGCUGCAGGAGCGCUCGCUGACCGGCACCGUCAAGGUCAGGAACGUGGGCUUUGAGAAGUCGGUGCUGGUGCGCGUCACCCACGACUCGUGGGCCAGCCACACCGACGUGGACUGCACCUUCAUGAACAACAUCUACGGCUGCCAGGACACCGACACCUUCGCCUUCGUCCUGGAGCUGCCGGCCUGCGUGCCGCCCCAGCACACGGUCCAGUUCUGCAUCUGCUUCACGGUGCAAGGCCAGACCUUCUGGGACAAUAACGACGGCAAGAACUACACGCUGAAACACGUCAGCUGGAACGGCACGACAGCCCCCGAGCACAAAAAGCAUUCGGAGCACAAAAGCGGGGAGGUGAAGCUACUGGACCUGGAGUUUGACCAGUUCGGCAGCCCACGCAUGUCCAGCGGACUCUUUCCCGGCUGGCAGAGCUGGGGUCACUUUGAUAACCAUGUGCCUUACUGGUGAAAACUGUCGGGACGUUUUUGCCGAAGUGGCACUGGCACAACGAUGAGAGGCCCUGAAAGGGCAUUCAGCACCGAUCCGGCUGUGGGUUUCGUGCUCGGCUGUCUCGCAGACAGAAACUCAACUGAACCAAACACACUGCUUUUUAAAGCAGAACCAGAAGUCAAACCAGACAAAAGUGUAAUGUUCUCAACUGACCUGCUUUUUUUUUUUUUUCUUCUUCUUGCUGACCCAUUGAGUGAUUGAACAGUAGCCGGGGCAGGAAGAAGGGGUAUCUGGGGGGGUUAUUUCUUUUAGUUCUCUCUUAGAAAAUACUCACGUGCCUUCUUAUUUUUGUGCCUUCCGACUAAAAUACAGACUACAAGAGACUUUAAGGUCCUUUCAAGGACCUGAUGCAUUGGUUCGUAUGCACUGAUGACGGAGAUGUCCCGCUCAAUGUGACGUCUGCAAAACUGCGGAGGAAGUAGAGCUGAUUAAGUCCUUCAUAUUGAAGGGAAAGCUUGGGGAGUGCAUGGCAACACAAUGCUUUUCUGCUAAAUAAGCACCCGAUUACUUUCCAAUUUAAAAAAAGAAAACGCACUAAAAAGAAAGAAUUGCAGCCUGGUUUUAAAUGGCCUCAGCUUUUGAAUGGGAGUCAUGCAACCCUCUCUUUCCCUCCAUGUACAUUGCACAUGUUUGUUUGGUGAAAAGAAAAUGUUUCGAGUGGCGUAAUUUUGAGUGGAGUUUUUAAAGGAACUGGAGCUGCUAUCCUACAGAUGUAUGGCGUGAUUGUCUCUGCAUGUGAUUGGUUGUUUCGAAAAGGAAGAAGUGUGGCAAUUUGUGCGGAUCUGGUAUGUCAAGAAAGAAUGAUGUAAAGGCCGAAUGUGCUUUGGUGUUUUCACAAAUGCAACUUGUAAUGAUGAGUGUACAAAAAGUGUCGCUGGAAUAAAUCUUUUUCUCACUGUGAAGUAAGUUUAAAGCCUGUUUCCUUCUGAAAAUAAAUUUCUACAUCUGUACUAAAA